ACACGCGACAAUUCGCCGGGUUUUCCUUCAGUGGUUAGUGGUUUUGCGCGGUUUUAGUAGUGAUUUACUAAAGAUUAUUGGUGAGUAGGUGUGAGAAGAGAAGUGAUUUGCUGUGAGGAAGUGCUAGUUCCAGUGAUUGGUGUAAAUUUACAGUGAAUUUCUCGUGAAAUUACGCGCUCAGUGAGUUUGUGAGCUCAACAAUCGCUACAAAGUGCCAAUUUGUAGGUUGCUUUGAUUGAUAACUUUACGACGAUGGAGGAUAACUUUACCAACAUUGAGGCCGGUAGCGUUGCCGUCGAGGACGGUGGCGUACCUCCGGUGGCACGGGUUCCGUCGACCAGGCGUCGCAACGUUGUCACCCAGCACGGUUCGUACCGCACGGUGGACGAGGAGAACAUCGUGGUGCUGGUCAGGUGUCAUACGCCCCAACCGAAAGAAGAGGAUGCCGAGGAGCAGGUCGUCUGGUUCGAGGAUUUCUUUGAGCCGACCGAGGAAGAGGUUAGUGUGUUUGCUGAUUCAGUUUAUUUGCUUUGCUGCUGCCGGCACUCUCAUAAUAUUAGUCAGAAUAAGCGUGUGUUUGUGUAAAAAGGGGUGCCAAAUUUGACUUCUUCAAGGGUGGCAGGCACAAGUACACAUUU